AUGGCCGGGGCCUUCCUGGGGCUUCCCGCGGGCUGGGCGGGGCUCAUCGACCGCUGGGGCGUCCCCGCGCUCCAGGCCUGGGUCGCGCGCUGCCCGGCGGUGGAGCUCCCGCCGUGCCCAGCGUGCCCGGGCUGCAGCUGCCCAGCCUGCCCGCCCUGCCCUGGUGCCUCCGUGGGCGCGACCACGGGCACUGUCGCACUCGCCUGCGGAGGGGCCGCGCUGGCUGGCGCGUCGCUCGGGGCCCUCGGCACCUUCACGGCGCUCCGGCUCUGCCGCCGCUGGCUGCGCUCGCCGCUGGGCCUCAUGUCGGAGGCGUGGGCGUGGGUCCUCUACAACGUGGUCGGCGCGCCGCUGUUCAACCAGAGGAGGGUGGCAGGCCAGCUGGCGCUCACGAGUGACGUGAUCAUCGUGACCCCAGAUGACAUGGUCUAUGCCGAGACCUUGCUGACGGCGGGGCCCGACAUCUCGGCGGUGCGGUUCUCGGCUACGAGGUGGCCGCCGCCGCCGGGGAUCGAUCUUGGCGCGACGCACAGGUUCCGCCAGGCCCCUUCGGCGGCGCGUGAGGCGGCCUGGCUGGCGGCCGCCGUCGCGGAGGCCGACGCCGAGUUCGGCCGCCGCCAUCCAAGGGUGCCCGUGCCGCCUGGCGGCGCCCUGGUGCCGAUGGCGGGCGGCCUGCUGCCGGGGUUCGUGGCGCCCGCGGCCGCGCCAGCCGCCAUCGUCGGGCCCGUGCCGCCUCCCGAUGGGGCUGCCGUCGCACCGCCCGCGGCCGGGGUCGCCGCUACCGCGAUGGCCGCUGCCGGGCAGCCCGCGCCCGACGGACCGCUCGCCGCGGCGGUGCCAGGCCCGGCGGCCGGCGUGCCCAUCGCGCCGGGCGCCCCCCCGGCCGUCGACGCGCCUCCAGGAUUUUCAUGGAAGGCGCCAGCGGGCUGGUCGUGGGUGCUCGCCGAGGAUGCAGGCGGCCUCGCCUACGGCUCGGUGGUGCAAGUCGGCCCGAUCGGUGGCGCGAUCUUGGCAGCGCGAGCGGGCCGGCGAGCGACCGUCAUUCUCGUCGGAGGUGCCUCCGCCAUGGCGUUCCUCCUGGAGGACUGGCGGCGAGGUGAUUUCAUCGACAAGUGGCGGGGGGCCGACGCGAGGAUCUUGGCGCGCACGCCGGGCGUUCGCCUGGCACGGAGCUGGCUCGCAGUGACCGCGUCGGCGGUGGAGGUGGCAGACCCCAGCAUCACUUUGCAGCCGAGGUCCGCGGGCCGGUGCGCGGCGUGGCUGCUGCGGGAGGGCGGGCCCAUUCAGCGCCGCGAGAGCUGGAAGUCCCGCAAGAGGCUCAACUCCUCGGACUGGGGCGUCUCGGAGCACCACGCGUUCUCCACCGUGCUCGAGGACCUCACCACGCACGACGAGGUGAGCGUGACGAACCUCCUCGGCGCAAGCAACGGGAGCAGUCGCCCAAGCAGCAUGGCGUGCCCCGCCCUGCUUGACGUGGUCGGCAAGGAGCUCGAGCGCAACAGUCAGAUCAAGAAGAACGCCCGCAAGCUGCGGGAGGAGGCGAAGGCCGCCGCUGGGCCGAAAGCCGGCGGAGCCAAGGGGCCCAUCUCGGCGACUGUCAGUGGCGCUGAGGGUGUGCAUGGCACUUUCGACGGCUCGGGCGCGGAGCGGCAGCGUGACCUCUUUCCGCUGCCGGUGCCUGGCGCCGUCGACCCUGGCGGGCUGGCUGCUGGCGUCUGUUCCCGAGCCGCGCGGCGGCGCGCGCGGCGCGCGGCGUCCGCGCCCUCGAUCAUGCGGCAGACGGUCGAGGCGCUCAAUGGCCUCAGCGGUGCUGGGGCGCAGGGUGGCUCGCUGCCGCGGGCUGGCGCGACGCUCGCGCAGCAGCAGUGCCUGACGCGGGUCGCGGACUCCGUCUCCCAGCGGGGUCCCCCGCCAGGCGACCUACAGCCUUUGGCAGCCCUGCAGGAGCUCCAGGCUGCCCUGUCCUACGGCGGCUCGCUAUCGACCAGGGCGGAGGCGACGGGCGUCUCCCGGCUCUCGCUACCUCUUCCAGGUAACCACCCCGUGGCGCUGGAGCGGCUGCUGGGGGCCGAGGUUUUCGACUCCGUCUAUCGCGUUAUCUCGUGCAAGGUCUUGCCAAAGACCGAAGUUUUGCAGCGGAGGCAGAGCGCUGGCUCCAAGACGCCCUACUCGGACCCCUGCCUUCGAGACCCUCGCCGCUACGCAGCGCUGGCGAGGCGUCUCCGCGAGGCCGGGGUGGUCGACCUCGUCAGCGACGCCGCCCUGGUGGUCGACGAGGUUGGCCUGUUCAGCGCGGCCAUGAAGAGUGGGAAGCAGCGGCUGGUCGUGGACGCCCGCCCCGCCAACUUCCAGUUCGGCGACCCCGAGGGCGCCCGCCUGGCCACCGGCGCGGCGCUGGCGGCGAUCGAGCUGCCGGGCGGCGCCAACUUGUGGACCGCUUCGGCGGACGUCGCGGACGCCUUCUACAACGUGCAGUUGCCGGGCGCUUGGAGGCCGUACUUCGCGCUCCCUCCGCUGCGGCUCUGGCCGCGGCUCGCGGCGCUGCCCAUGGGCUGGCCCCGCGCGCUGGCCGUCCGCCAGCGGGUGUCGGAGGCGGCCGCCGACCGCGCAGGGCUGCCAGUGCUGUCCAGGAUCGCGGACCGGAGGGCCGGCCCGAGCCCGGGCGCCGGCGCGCACCUCGUGUACGUCGACAACUUCGCCUCCCGCGCCCUCGAGGGUGACACCGCCGACCGCCUGAAGGAUGACAUGGUCGCCGAGCUGCGCAGCGAGGGCUUCCCGGUGCAUGGGGGGGGGGCCGCCUCGCUCCACGCGCAGGUGCGCCAGGUCGUGGGCCACUACACCUUCCUCUUCAUGGUGAGGCGCCCGCUGCCGGCAGUUUUCUCGGCCGUGUGCCGCUUCAUCGCAAGGGCCGGUGGGGCGCCUAGGCCUUGGUGGCCCAGCGUGCGCCGAGAGCUGACGUGGGCCAUGGGGGUUGUCCCGCUGGCUCACUCCGACCUCCGGGCCCGCUGGCUGGGCCGAGUUCUGCGCGCGGACGCCUCCGAGCGGGGCCGAGGGGUAUGCGAGCGUGAAAUGAGCAACGACGUGGCGGAGAGGAUGGGCAGGAUCCAGGAGCGCUGGCGCUUCCGAGACCCCAGUGCGAGGGCGCCCCGGGAGCAGCUCAUCGAGCCCCUCGAGCCCCUGGAGGCCCUCGUCUACUCCGAGCCGCCCUCGAAAGGUCACGUCUGCAGCGCCCCGUCGUGCAUCCAGGAGCCCAUCGAGACCGACUUCGAGCCUCUGGAAGUGCAUCGCAUCUCAGGGGGCUGGGUGGUCAUCUCGAGCGGGGAUGGCGCGCGUCUGCCGCAGUGGGCCGCUCUCGUGGUGGCAGGAGGGGUCACCGCGGCGCUGCGGUGGAUCCCGUCGGAGGCGAACCCGGCGGACCUGCCCUCCCGCCGGGCGCUGAGGAUCGGCGCGCGGCUGCGCUGGGAUGCUGUGCUGACGCCAGCGCCGCUCGUGGCGACGGCCCCGCGCCAGGCAGCAACGGGGCGCCCCAGCCAGGCGACGGCCUCGCUGCGAGGCCAGCGCCGGGCGAGACGCAGCCACCUGUCCAAGGCGGCGGAGGCGGCCGCCAAGCGUGCGGGGAGGGCCGCGGCGCGAGCGCCCGAGGCAGCCCCCCUUCGCUCCUCGGCGGGUCACGUCCUGAGGGCCCUCUCGAUCUCGGCGACCACGAGGGCCAAGUACACGCGCCUCUGGGCCGAGUUCGUGGCCUGGAUGACGACCGUGACCGCGGCCCUCCUCGCCGAGACGGCGGACGACCUGCUGGCGCACUGGAUGGACCAGCAGUGCGCCGAGGGCUGGAACCCCGAGCGCGGGGCCUACAUGCUGGCGGCGCUGAAGUUCAUGGUGCCGCAGUUCGGGCGCGGGGGCCAGGGGCUGCCGAAGGCUCUGCAGGCCUUGCGAGGCUGGCGGGGGCGAGUGCCAGCUCGCACCAGGCUCCCGCUGCCCUGGGAGAUCGUGGCGCUCGUCGCGACUCGCCUGAUCGAUCGGGGUCAGCUGCGGGUCGCCCUCUACGUGCUGGUAACCUUCGCGGGCUACCCGCGGCCGUCGGAGGCGCCGUGGGCCCUGGGGGCCCACGUGAUCCCCCCGACGCCGGGGGGCGCGUGCGACGGCUGGUCACUCGUGCUCCAUCCUCGCGAGCUGUCAGCGCCCAGCAUGACUCAGGUCUACGACGAGGUGAUCCCCUUCGACCUGCCUUUCUACAGCUUCCUGCCCAGCGCUCCCCGCUGGCUCGAGGCGGCGACCCACCCGAGCGAGCCGCUGUUCCCGUUCCCCAUCGUGCGCGUCAGCUCCCUGUUCAAGGAGUCGGCGGAGGACAUGGGGCUGGCGUCGAUCACCCCGCAGCUGCGCCAGCUGCGGCACUCAGGUCCGUCGGUGGAGCUGGCACUGCAGGUGCGGACUUUGGCCAGCGUCAGGCUCCGCGGCCGCUGGCGAACCGACGCGUCGGUCGCGCGCUACCUCAAGCCAGGCCGCGUCAACGAGCAGCUGCAGAGGCUGGCGCCCGAGGUCUUCUCCGGCGAAGGCGUGCUGGCAGCAGCCUUGCGGUGCGAGGGCGCCCUGGCCAUCGAAUGGGACAUCGCCCGGGGCGCCGACUGGGACCUCGCUGACCUGAAACUCUGGGGGCUUGCAGCUGUGACGCGCCCAGUGGACCGGGCUCAGAUCACCACCGCCAAUAAGCGAGUGAGAUGCAGCGAGAAUGUUCGGGCCAGUUGUAAGCGUCUGCAGAUCCCACUUACAGCUGUGGCUCAUUCGGUCUCUGCAAAGCUGUCGUAA